AUGAUUCCAACCGUCGCGCCUUUCCCCACGGUCCAACCGCACCACCGCACACACCACUACCCGACUCACGAUGGCUCUCAACCCAUGUUCCAGCUCCACCGCGAAUGGGGGGAGCAUACCCUGCGACGGAAGACUCCCAACGGAACCCUGGCCGCGGGGUACGAUGGGACCCCCGGCGAUACCACAAUCCAGCCAGCAUCCAAGCACAUCUUGGUCUCGCCGAUGGAAUCGGGCCAAUUUCUGUCACAGGCUGGGAUGCAGCCCGAAAAUUGGCAGCCCAUGUUGGACCAGUCCGCCACCAAACACAUGAACUUUCCGCCGGUCUUCAAAAACGACGGUAAUGCGAUGCCUGGCGAAGUUAUUCAGGAUGCGAAUGGGACUAGUUGGGUUCGUCCGGUCAACUAUCCACCGGGGGUGGACUCCGUCUUAAAUCAGAGUCUACCUCUGCAUGGAAAUCAACGCAUACUUUUACAGAACGGGGCAUAUGUGCCCACAGUCCUCCCAGCAACUCUACAGUCAUGCCUUGGACCAACCGCUUCGGCGGGCAGUGGUCCCUAUGGACCGUAUUGGCCGGACGGGGUGUAUAUCCCAUACCGUCCUGCUGCCUUCCGUGAUGCGCGUUACGAAUCCCCGACCCCGUUUGCAAAACAGCUGAACCCUACGGGCCAGCCUUUUUAUGACCUGAACCAGCCGGUAUUUAACCAACCCCAAGUGCCGUUGGGCAGUCGUGCAGACCCGGGGCUUGCAUGGGGUCAAUCUAUGCCCGGAUUACCCCAGGAUCCUUCUAUGAAAACCCACUUUCCUCCACGCCAUUCCGAUCAACUACCUUUCCACGCCCGUGUCAACCGACCUGCAUCAGCAUUUCCACCGCAAGCGCCGCAGCCUCUGAAUGAUCCUAUCACCUGGAACAGCCGCCCGCCGACACAUGGGUUCCAGCGGCCAGGGCCUGCUGUAGCAGCUAACGUGGAAUUCAAAGAAAAGGUCUUGUCUUGGGCCCAUGGUGUUUAUGUCGAUCUCCUUGCGAAUAUCCAUCAGGCCCGCCGCAACAGCAUCUCCAACGGCACCGUGGAUGCCCACCCCCGAUUCCAAAAACCUGUCAUUUACCCUAAACCUCCUCGCCAACCCGGCCUUGAUUUCUCUCAACCCACUCCCCCAGAUCUUACCCGUCAUAACAGUUACCCCGCUAGUCAAUAUGAUCUUCAACGACAGAAACUGCAUGCCAUGGGAAACGCCAGACCGCAUGAUGCGCAGCAAAUACCUUUACCUGGUGCCCACAGUCGACGCCCGUCUUUGAAUCAAUUCACCCAUAACAGAGGGUCCGAUACACAAAUGCUCGGAUUGCGCGACACUGGUCGUCCCACAGGUGUAUCUCCAUUUACUCGAGCCUGUGGCACGCUUUUCAACGAGGGAUCCCCGGGAUCCAAUGCUGUAUCCGCCCUGGACAUGUUAUCUCAUUUGUGUGCAGAAAGCCGAUGGGAAUGGAUCGACGGAAUGCUCCUUGGAGGCUGUUUAGCCUAUGGCUUAGGUGACUAUCACAAAGCCACACGAUGGUACUCUAGAAUCAUCGCACGCGACUCAACACACGUAGAAGCGAUCUCCAACCUCGCUGCAACCCUUUUGGCACUCGAUCAAAGAGAGGAAGCCUUGCAAAAUUGGUUGCGGGCUGUGAAGUUACGUCCGAGUUUCUUCGAAGCAGUCGAACAUCUGAUCGGUUUACUGUGCAGCAGUCAUCGAGGCAAGGAAGCGGUCAAUAUUAUUGACUUCGUUCAGAACUCCCUUCGCCACCCCAAGGAUGGCGAUUGCUUCAAGACGGAUGAACAUGCCAGUGAGCCUGAAAGUGAUGCGGAGAGUAACGUGUCCGAUGUCUGCAUGUUUGAUAAAGCAUCGUUCGAAUACGACGAUGACUUGGGACGCGUUCAGGGUUUGGAACCUGGCUCGCCAGAUGCUAAGCCCAUUGGUUUCGCAACCAGUGGAUAUGCAAUUCCUGGUUCAGACAAUGGACGAAUGCUAGCUUUGAUCCACGCCAAAGGAAACAUGCUCUAUGCUCUCGGUGAUAAUGCCGGCGCUGCAUCUGCAUUCGAGGAUGCAGUUCUCAUCGCCGCUGGUCGAAGACGCCAUGGCAUCCAAAGCAUUAUCAAGCAGAUCUUUGCUGCCUUCUCUGGUGGACCCAGUGGAUAUCCUCAAACAGAGCACGAGUCCAAGGAAAGCAUUCUCCUUUACCCUGAUAGAGCAUUGAAAACCGCCAAGCUUGUUUUCCAAGCUGGUGGGAUGCCGCCGGGGCUUCAGUUUGUUGCUGAAGGUAUGGCUCGCAAUGCGGCCAUUUCAACUACCAGUAACUCUCUUCUUUCGUUGGCGAAGAUCUACCAGGAUGGCAUGUCCAACGUCUCAUCAGGAGCACCUAGGUCUACACCUGGCGUGCGGGACAUUUUGGCCCUCUACUACCUCUCCCUCUCUCUUCAGCCUAGUCCAUCUACCGCUAACAAUGUGGGUAUUUUGCUGGCCGGUAUUCACAACAAUCCACCGGCCAGAGGCUUGGUCCGCCCAAACGGAGAGAGCCAGCACCCUGAGAUCCCCGGUGUUGUUCCUGGUAGUGGAAUAUCCUUGGCCCUGGCAUACUACAACUAUGGCUUGCAUCUUGAUUCACGACAUGCCCAUCUUUACACCAAUCUUGGAAGUCUGCUUAAGGAUAUUGGCCAACUUCAGGCUGCUAUCAAGAUGUACGAGCAGGCUGUUCAAUGCGAUGGUAAUUUCGAUAUUGCCUUGGCAAACCUGGCCAAUGCGGUUAAGGACGCUGGCAAGGUCAAUGAUGCCAUCUCCUACUACAAGCGCGCCGUCAAGGUCAACCCCGAGUUUGCCGAGGCGGUUUGCGGAUUGGCGAAUGCUUUGAACUCCGUCUGCAAUUGGGUCGGCCGUGGUGGUAUCACCAAUGCUCGUGGCUUCCGCGACCGGUGGCAUGUCGAUGAAAAGGGGAUGCUUCGAGAUUCUCUGAGCACUGACACCGGAUCUGGAUGGAUUAAGAGGGUUGUCGACAUUGUUGAUCGGCAACUCAAAGAAGGCGAAUAUUGGGGCCGUGGCUUGUUGACUACAAGCACGGCAGAGCAGUUGUGUCUACAGUUGGCACCCGCUUUAGAUUCUAGCCGUUUCUCUUCCAGUCAGCGAAGCUCCCUGGAAAAGCUCUUUCAGUCUUGGGCUGGACGGAAAUGGGAAGGAUCCCGGAUUGUUCGGCUCAUCGAACGAGCCAUUCGAUCUCUUACCUGGCAAUGGUACCAGGACCGUUAUGUCUAUGGUAAAGACUACCCUGCUUCGAAGUACCGUCGGCCUCAACUUCCUGGCGCUCUUUCUGCUCCUAGUGCUCCUACAGUCUUGCCUUUCCAUACAUUCACCUGUCCCUUGUCGGCCAAGCAGAUCCGUCAGAUCUCCCAGCGGAAUGGUCUGCGCAUUUCGACUUCAACUCUGCGACUUCCGUGGCUUCCUCCCACAGUCUUCCCGCCACCUUCUCCGCCGAGUCCGUAUCUUCGUGUUGGAUAUGUGUCGUCGGACUUUAACAACCAUCCUCUUGCACAUUUGAUGCAGUCGGUCUUUGGACUGCACAAUCCUUCUAGGGUCAGGUCAUACUGCUAUGCUACCACCCCCAGUGACAAAUCAGUGCAUCGUCAGCAGAUCGAGAAGGAAUCAUCUGUCUUCCAUGAUGCAAGUGGGUGGUCAGUUGAUCGAUUGGUCCAGCAGAUUGUCGAGGAUGGCAUCCACAUUCUGGUCAACUUGAACGGCUACACUCGUGGUGCUCGCAAUGAGGUCUUUGCAGCUCGUCCGGCACCCAUUCAUAUGUCGUUCAUGGGCUUUGCGGGCACGCUUGGUGCUGAGUGGUGUGACUACAUUCUUGCCGACACUCUUUCCAUUCCGCCCGAGACUUUGAGCCCUGGACGCCGUACGACGCGUAUUGAGGAACGUCUUUUGGAAGAGGACAAUGGCGAGGAGCUCGAGGAUUGGGUUUACGGAGAGAAGAUUGUCUUCACCCGUGAUACUUUCUUCUGCUGUGAUCACCGGCAGAGUGCCCCAGAUGCUGGCGAAAAGCAUGUAUCCUGGGAAGAAGAGCAAGCCCGGCGGUGGAAGAUGCGCAAGGAACUAUUCCCUAAUUUGAGCGAUGAUACCAUCAUCCUGGGUAAUUUCAACCAGCUGUACAAGAUUGAACCCACAACGUUCCGAACAUGGUUGCGCAUCCUAGCGCGCAUCCCCAAUGCCGUUCUUUGGCUCCUCCGCUUCCCAGACCUGGGCGAGCAAAACCUCCGCGACAUCGCCAAAGCCUGGGCCGGCGAAGAAACGGCAUCCCGAAUCAUCUUCACAGACGUCGCACCAAAGAACACACACAUCGCGCGAGCGAAGAUCCUAGACCUGUUUCUUGAUACCCCCGAAUGCAACGCCCACACUACAGCCACCGACGUCCUCUGGAGCGGCACCCCGCUGCUCACCCUCCCACGCUACAAGUACAAGAUGUGCUCGCGCAUGGCGAGCAGUAUUCUCAGCAGUGCCCUUCCCAAAUCUGAAGCUGGCCAGCAUGCCCGCGAUGAUCUCAUUGCUUGCUCCGUCGAGGACUAUGAGAACAAGGCUAUUCGGCUUUGUAUGGAUCUGCAUUAUCCUUCUACAGGCGAGGGCCGCGGUCGACUGCCGGAGCUUCGACAGAUGCUGUUCCGAGAGCGGUAUAAGAAUAAGCUCUUUGAUACGGCGCGCUGGGUGCGUGACCUUGAAGACGCUUAUGAGGCUGUGUGGGCACAAUGGGUCAAUGGCGAAGAAGGCGAUAUCUGGUUAUGA